AUGUAUGGAAGACAUCUAAAUAUUAUAUUAACUAUGGAAGCACUAGCAGAAACUAGCGAUUUAAACUACUCGCAGCCUGAUCAAGCCAUGCAAGCUGAUCAGGCAAUGGAUACUGACAAGAUCCCAAGUAAUCCUAUCCACCCACCAGAAAGUGUAGGACCAAGUGGAAAACAUGAAGAAUUCUCUGUAGAGAAAGUACUAGAUCGAAGAAUUAAAAAUGGAAAAGUAGAAUACUUAUUGAAGUGGAAAGGUUAUUCAGAUGAAGACAACACAUGGGAACCAGAAGAUAAUCUAGACUGCCCUGACCUUAUAUCAGCAUAUGAAGAGGCUCGCUUAAAGAGGGAGAGAGAAGCAGCUCCUCAACCAGAAGUAGAAGAGGGGCAUUCCACUCGUAAAAGGGCUAAGCGAGGUGAUAAGAAGAAAAAGAUUGAGGAAAUUGAGAAACCCCGAGGUCUGGCCAGAGGUCUUCAACCAGAGAAAAUAUUAGCUGGACAACUAUUCCAUGGCACACUGUACUUUUUAGUGAAAUGGCAAGGCUGUUCUGAAAUGGAUGUAGUUCCAGGACAUGAUUUAGGUGAAGCUUUUCCAGAUUUUGUGAUAAAUUACUAUGAACGAUGUGCACCAUUCAGUGUAAGACACAGUGUAGGACGGAUUGCAAGACCCGCACCAGAAUUGCCAUCUUUAGAAGCGGCACAAAGUAAAGAAACUCCAAUGGAAGUUGCACAAGAGGUCCCAUCUCUACCGCAGCCAGACCAAUUAUCGAUUGAGUCAACGGAAAACCCAGUAGCCAUACAACAACCCGUGGAACCCGACCAGCCCAUAGAAGUGCCAGUCAAC